AUGCGUAUACUUGCUUACGUGUGUGCGUGUAUGUUUGUGUUGGGUAGUGGAACAACGCGACUAGAGAAAAUGACUGCUGGAACUUUCUUAUAUAAUGAGUUCUCGAAGGUGGUGGUCAAGGGAAAAUUUGAGGAACCUGUCGAUAUUAGCUUCAGUGCCGGUGGACGACCGAGAAUAGUGAAGAAUGUUGUCCGCGUACCGGAAGAAUACAUUGUGAAAGAUGAUCCACGAUUCCUAUACCGCAAACAUUGUCAGCGGUGA